AGGUUUUCUCAAGUGCAGCAAGAGUUGGAGGCUUAGAUGGAGUAUUGGUACCUUGGGCUUGGGAUUAAACACGGAAACUUGUGGUGAUUGCAAGGGUGAGAGAGAAAGGGAGCUCAAAAAGCUGCUUGAAAAUUUUAAUAGCAAAAUAAGAUGGAAGAUAGGUCUUGGAUGCAUGCGGAUAAAAGAUCUUUAGCUUAUGAGUUAGGGGUGGGAAGUUUCUUGAAGUUUGCUUUAGAAAAUGCGAAAAAUCCUAACAAUGUCGCUUGUCCAUGUUCAAAAUGUGGGAAUAUGGAUUUCUUUCCCAUCUCUGUUAUUAAGACUCAUCUGUAUUAUAAUGGGGUUGAUGAAACUUAUAAGGUGUGGAAGUGGCAUGGGGAGAAAGAAGAUACGUCUUCGGGUAGUAGUGAAGAUUCAGCCUCAGGUUCGAUUGAAUCUGAAUCAGUGGAUGAGAAUGUUGGGGUAGAUUGUACAAUGGAUAGGUCUGAUGAUGACAAUGAGUUUUCAUCAGAGUGCAAUGAUUUUAAAGAGUUUGUUGAGGAUGCAAAUAAGCCAUUGUACCCUGGCUGUGUACGAUUCACAAAGUUGAGUGUGCUGGUGAAGUUGUAUAAUUUAAAAGCUAAACAUGGAAUGAGCGAUGCAGCUUAUUCCGAUUGGCUGAUUGCUUUCGGUGAGCAUCUUCCCGAAGGUAAUGAAAUUCCUACAUCUGUGUACGAGGCCAAGAAGACUUUGGGGGCACUAGGGAUGGAUUAUAGGAAGAUACAUGCAUGUCCUAAUGACUGCAUUUUGUAUAGAAAACAGUACACAGAUAAUAUCAAUUGUCCUACUUGUGGUGUCUCUAGGUGGAAAGUUGGAAAAAAUUCGAAGGAGAGAGAGGGUGUACCCGCUAAGGUACUCUGGUAUUUUCCACCAAUUCCUAGGUUUAAGAGAAUGUUUCAAUCUACAAAAACAGCUAGUAGUUUGACUUGGCAUGCCACUGAUAGACCGAAAGAUGGGUUAAUGCGUCACCCGGCAGAUGCGUUGACCUGGAAAUCAGUUGAUGAGAAGUGA